UUGCCCUGCAGGACUCUCAUAUCCCUCUUCCUGCCACUCACUCAGGAGAGCAUCUAUAGCUCCGGGCUACGGCUCACUCAGCCCUGACUGAUAACUCACACUACAAGACACACGCCUCCUUAUUAGAGGAGGGACACCGCUGUCCCAGUCUCCUGAGGCAAGGAGUUUUUAUUUCUGGGGCAGCAGUCAGUCCCUGGAGAGGGAGGGAAGAAGAGUGCACCAGCAGUGCAGGCAGGAAAGUUGAGAGCUGGAGGAGGAGUCCCUCCCAGAGAGUCAGUGUGCUGCUUGGCCAGCGUGCUGUGCUGACACAGAUAUGAUCAGGUCCACCUUGCACCAGCUCCUAUAAGCCACCUGAUCAGAGAAGAACUUUAAGACAAGGGGCCAGAGCAUUCACUAAGGACAUCUGCUGUGCUGUGUACACUGUUAUUAGUGGAUAUCGGAGACGUCUUUUUAUAUAAGAGCUGGGCUAGUGCAGGUUCUGAAGAGUGAGAAUGCACUUUCCUGCACAGGAAGCUUCCAGGAGAUUGCUGUGAAUGAGCUGUUAGCAGCACCAUCCCUGUAAUACCAUGGACAGAGACCCCGGGAACCUGUGACUUGCACAACCUAUAACCAGCCUGUUUCUUCAACUGCAGGAUGCACUAAUGGUCUCCAAUAAGUGACCACAAUAUAUGACCUUUGGAUAUAGUUUUAUAAUGCCUGCAGGACUACUUGUCUCUAGAAUGGGUUACAGCAAGAAAGAGUGUUAUCAUUUAGGAGUGUUUUUGUUGGGAUUUGCAACGUGCUAUCUCCAGUCAGAAGGUGCCUGUGUCUUCCAGGGUUCCUUGUUUGCGAACAGCACUGAGUGGAAGCCAGAAUCUUGCCAAGAUUGCACUUGUCAUGACAAUAUUGUGGUCUGCAACAAGACGCUUUGUAGAGACCCCCAGUGUGAUUUCACAAAGGGAGACAUUUUUCGAAUAGAGCAUAAUAAGUGUUGUCCAGAAUGUGGUUCAAGAAAGGAAGGCUUUUGCCUGCAUGAAGGAAAGGAACAUGCUCACGGUACACAGUGGAUACACUCCAAAUGCAUUUUGUGCACAUGUGUGCAUGGAAAAGUAACAUGUGCCUCAAAACCCUGUCCCAGGCUAAUCUGCAAAGCAGGAGAAGUGGAGACUGUAGCUCCUGGGGAAUGCUGUCCUACGUGUGUGGGAACAGGAGAGCCUUGCUCUCUUAAUGAUGGCCUUGUGCUGAAGGAUGGAGAAGACUGGAAGCUGAGUCACUGUUCCAGAUGUAUUUGCCGGAAUGGGGUGACUCAGUGCUUCACAGCUGAUUGUCUGCCCAUGCUGUGUGAAAAGGAUGAGAUGUUGGCUGCUGUUCCUGGAAAGUGUUGCCCUGAGUGCCUUCCAAAAUCCUGUACGGUAUCUGGAAAGACACAUGAGCAUGGCGUACAGUGGAAGAAAAAUCAAUGUACUACCUGUAUUUGUGACAAAGGAGAAGUUCAGUGCCACACAAUGACCUGCCCCUCUCUUAUAUGUGACAAGGGCCAGACCAAAGUGAGGCACAAUGGACAGUGUUGUGAGGAGUGUGUGUCCUCCAAAGGCAGCUGUAUAGUUGGUGGAUCUGUACGGUACCAUGGAGAGCUAUGGAAUGGAAGUCACUGUGAGUUCUGCUUGUGUGACCGAGGGAGAGUCAUGUGCUAUCCAACACAAUGUUCCAAAGUGGAGUGCUCAUGGGGUGAAGAAUUAGUUCAUUUAGAGGGGAAGUGUUGUGCGGAAUGUGUAUUAAGCACCAGCUACUGCCUCCACAAAGAACAUGACAAAGAGGACUCGCAGUCAGAUUUAAGCGGAGUUAAACAUUUGCUGAAUGGGGAGAAGUGGAAGGAAGAUGUGUGUACUGAGUGUGAGUGCCAGAAUGGGCAGGUGACCUGUUAUUCUCGAAAUUGUCUCUCAUGUCCUUUGGGAACCCUGUCCAUGAAUGUUGAAGGAGAGUGCUGUCCAGAAUGUAAACCAGAUCUGUGUAACCCAGACUGUCUAACCUGUUCUCAGUCUAUUCACCAUUGUGACAUCUGCCGUGAUGACGCUCACUUGCUGCAGAUGGGACGCUGUGUGUACAGCUGCGACCCUGGAUUCUAUGUUGAUGGCAGAACAUGUCUCGCUUGUAAAGAGACCUGCUCCAGUUGUAACAAUGGAUUUGAAUGUACAGUCUGUAUUGGAUCUCUGCUGUUGAAAGAAGGACAGUGUGUGACAUCCUGUGGAUCGGGAUACUUCCAGAGCCAUUUUGUUUGUUCAGCUUGUCAUGAAUCUUGCUCAGAGUGCCAUGGACCUUCAGAAAGCGACUGCCUAAUCUGCAAUGACCCAUUCCAGUUGAAACACAGGGGUCGCUGUGUAGACAGCUGUGGUCCAGGAUUCUAUGCUGAAAACGGAACCUGUGCAGCUUGUGAUCCAUCAUGUCAGACUUGUUCUUCCGACAACAGUAGAUGUUUAAGCUGUACCCAAGCUAGAAUGUUCCACCGUGGCAAAUGUGCCUUGCAGUGCCCAGCGGGCUAUUAUGCUGACUCUUAUGGAUUGUGCAUGGCUUGUCACAAAGAGUGUGCAUCAUGUUCCGGACCACUGGCCAACCAGUGCACCUCCUGCUCGCCUCCGUUGGCCUUGCUGAAAGGACAGUGCAUCAGUAACUGCGGCCUGGGACAUUAUUUUGAUGGAAGUCUGUGCAAUGCCUGUCAUCCAUCUUGUCGUGUCUGCCUGGGCCCAGAGGAUUCCCACUGCACACACUGUGCAAAUCCAGAGGACUCGCUUCAGGCAGUUCAGGUGCAUAGAGGAAAGCCUUAUGGGACAUGUCAGCCUCAGUGCAAGCCGCACUUUUAUGUGGACAGUACUGGAAUAUGCCAAGAAUGCCACUCUUCGUGUAGAAGCUGUAGUGGAAGGAACCAUGUAAACUGCACUAACUGCUCUGUGCCAGAAGUGCUGCACUAUGGCAUAUGUUUGCAGCGCUGUCCCGAAGGAUUCUACAGCAAGGAUGUAACUUGUCAUGCAUGCCACCCAUCCUGCAAGGAGUGCAGUGGGCCUUUUGAAACAAACUGUCUGGCAUGCCACCCUCACGCCAAUCUUAUUGGAGGAAGCUGUAAGACCUCAUGCGCUGAUGGACAAUACCUCAACUUAGUAGGAUAUUGUGUUGAUUGUCAUCAGCAAUGUCAGUAUUGUGUAGCAAACUUGCUGGACACAGGCAGUGUGUGUUUGAAAUGUCAGUACUCCAGAUAUUACUUUUUCGGAGAUCACUGCCUCCCCGAAUGUCCUGCUGGAUUUUAUGUAGAGGGCAAAACCUGUACAGGUUGCCACCUGUCCUGUAGAACCUGCAGUGGCCCAGGCCUGAACUUGUGCACGUCAUGUGAGGAUGGUCUUGUUUUGUCUCACAAUGGGAUGUGUACACAGACUUGUGCCCAACGAUACUACAGAGAUGGAAAUAUAUGUAAAGCAUGUAACAGCCAGUGUUUAACAUGUGACUCUGCGGAAGUCUGUUCUGCAUGUAAAGACCCAAACAAAGUGCUGCUAUUUGGAGAGUGCCAGUAUGAAAGCUGCACCCAGCAGUAUUAUCUUGACUACAGCAGCAGAACAUGCAAAGAGUGUGACUGGAGCUGCAAUGCAUGCAAAGGACCUUUAAACACGGACUGCUUACAGUGCAUGGACCACUACAUAUUACAUAGUGGUGCUUGUGUUGAGCACUGCCCACCUUCUUAUUACAAGAACGGAGACACCUGUAGAGAGUGUGGAGAGCACUGCCUACUCUGCUCUGAUCCCAAUGAGUGCAGCCAGUGCGAAGCCCCAUUCUAUCUGCUGGAUGGACAAUGCAUCAGCGAAUGUGGAAAGCAGCAUCUUGUGUCCCACUCUGAUCGAAGAUGCCUUGUGUGUCCUACUGGAUGUUUGGAAUGUGACAUUUCCCAGCAAUGCAGAUUAUGCGACAAGAAAACAUUUUUAAAGAAUCACCACUGUGUGCCUCAUUGUGGACAUGGAUUCUCAGGAAAUAAUAAGAGCAGAAGAUGUGAAGCUAAUGAACAUCCUCCAGUGCUCCUAGUGCAGGGCUCCUUCACGGUGGGUAUUGGGGCAGUCAGGCCUUUGGAUCUCUCAUUUAUGAGUGUACAAGAUUCAGAUACUGAAGAAGAUAGUCUUACAUUUCUUGUGGUGAGCACGCCUGCCAAUGGCCGACUUGUGAAAAUUUUAAAUGGCAAGGAGAAUCAUCUUAACAAGGACAUGCACUUCAGCUGGAAAGACAUGAUUGAGCAAAGAGUGCGGUUUAAACACAGCAAAGAAAAAUCAAGGAAAGGUUCCUUUUCACUAAAAGUCAGUGAUGGUCAGCUUUUCUCACAGCCAAAAACAAUCAACAUACAAGCAGUGUCAACAAAGGCACCAUACAUCCUUAAGAAUAAUGAGUUAGUGGUUGGCAGAGGAGAAGCAGGUGCUAUCACCAGCUCUGUACUGGAUGUGAGAGAUGAUGAUAAUCCACAGGAUGUUAUAGUUCUUGUUCUAGAGGGUCCAAAACACGGGCAGCUGGUUAUUCCUCCUGGGAAUACACACAUCCACAAGUUCCGGCUUGACGACGUUGCAAAUGGAGUGCUCCACUAUAUCCAUGAUGGUUCUGAAAGUCAGUCAGAUGUAAUUGUUUUCCAGUCAAAUGAUGGAUACUAUUUCCAAAACAUUCUGUUCCAAAUCAAGGUUGCAGAAAAGAUAAAUGGAGGAGUCCAGCUUGUAUUAAACUCGGCUGUUUGGGUUCCAGAGGGAGGAAUGCUUCAGAUAUCGAAUAGACUUCUGCAAACCAGGGCCUUUGGUGUAGCUGACUCUGAGAUCCUGUACACAAUUACAAAUGAACAUCCACAGUUUGGUGAAGUUGUCCUUCUGGUACCCAUGCCUGCUGAUGGACCGGCAGACAGCUGGCAGAGGUUGCAUGAUGGAAGAUUUGCCUCACCAACUACCUCUUUUACACAGCAAGACAUAAAUGAAGGCCUUGUAUGGUAUAGGCAUUCUGGAUCCCAUCUACAAGGGAGAGACUCAUUCAGCUUCCAGGUUUCCAGCACAUCAACAACUCAGGCCCCAGAAGACAGGCAUGUUUUUAGUAUUGGUAUUCUACCCAACCACCCAGAGGCUCCACAGCUCUCUCCUGGAUCCUCCCUCCACAUGACUGCCCUUGAAGACCGAAUGACAGUGAUUGGAUCCCAUUAUCUUUCGUUUGUUGAUGCAGAGAGCCCUAGUGAGAAAAUAUUCUACAAUGUAACUGUCCCCUUACAGCCACAUGAAGGCAUUCUGGAGCAUAAAGACAGACCCCGCACCCCAGAGAGGUACUUCACACAAGCUGAUAUCAAUCAGGGAAAUAUUAUCUACCGUCCCCCGAGAGCAGCUCCACACCUGAGAGAAAUCAUGGACUUUUCCUUUACAGGUCUCCCUGAAUCUGUGAAUUUCUUCUUCACAGUUUCGGAUGGGGAGUUCACAACAGCCGAGAUGCCGUUUACCAUCCAUUUACUUUCAAAUGAACAGCAGCCUCCGGUGUUCCGGAUCACUGCUCCAUUCCUCGAGGUCACACAAGGAGGAAGAGCCCCCAUUGGGAUGCAAUUUGCAGUAAGUGACAUAGAUACUGCUCCAGAAGAUCUGUUAUAUGAGCUGGUGGAUACACCCCACUACGGUGUCCUAAUGAAGUCAGAAGCUGGUAUACAGACCCCAAUGAGUGCAGGUGAUGCGUUCACAUACGAAGACGUCAGCAGAAAUGCAUUAUACUAUGUGCAUGAUGGCUCUGCCACAACAGAAGACAGUAUGGAGAUUGCAGUGACUGACGGCGUCACCUCCACCACAACGCUACUGAAAGUGAUAGUGUCACUGGCAAAUGACAACGGGCCUCGUCUUGUCCCUGGUACUUUGUUGUCCAUCACUGUGGCAAGCAAAAGCUCUGUUAUCAUAACAAGAUCAAAUCUUGCUUACACGGACAAUAGCUCCCAUGACUCUAAGAUCAGAAUCCAGCUGGUGUCUCUGCCAAUGUACGGUGUUCUCACUAAGGCCAAGUCAGGAAGAGCAGACGAGGAGCUGGCAGAGUUCUCCUUUUUCACCAUGGAGGAUAUCACCAGCGGGAAGAUUAAGUAUUCUGCCAUAUCUGACAUGGACAACGAGUCUCUCACUGAUCUCUUCCACUUCACUGUUUACAAUGCGGACAAUGACCGCCUGGACAACCAGAUCUUCACCAUCACCAUUACACCUGCCAGGCAGAGUCUUACUGUCAUUAGGUCUGGAGAGCUGAUAUCUGUGGAAGAAGGAGGGCGAAUUACGUUGUCUUCCAGUGACCUAUUGUCCUUAGAUUCUGCAACAUUAGGGCCCCGGCUAAGAAUACAUAUAGUCAGUGGCCCAAAGUUUGGAUAUAUUGAGAACAUAAAAAAUGGAGGCCGAACCCUCUUGGGAAGUCAGAUGGGCUCAGACUCUUCAUUUACGAUUCAGGACAUUACAGAGAAUUACAUCUACUAUGUGCAGAAUGUCCAUGACGGUGUGGAGCCCAGUGCUGACCACUUUAGUUUCUUUAUGACAGAUGGGUCUAGCCAGUCCGAGGUUCACAACGUCACCAUUAUUAUCCAGGGCAAGAAUGAUGAACCGCCCCAGUUAUAUUUACUACCGGUAACGGUUCAGGAUAAUGCGGGAGUUGUAAUAAGAAAUAACUGCUUAAGUGUCCAGGACAUUGAUACUCCAGAUAAUGAGCUAAUUUUCAUUGUAACAAAAUCACCUCUCCGUGGUCAUUUACGCAGGAGACAAUUCUACUCUGAACCAUUGGAUAAUGGGCGUAUAUUGUCCCAGGGAUCCUCCUUCACGUACCAGGAUGUGUUGGAUGAGCUGAUUGUAUACAUUCCAGAGCAAAGGGCCACACCUUCAGAUGAAUUCAGAUUCUCCCUCUCAGAUGGAAGCUACACUGAAACUGGAAGAUUACAGUUCUCUAUUGAGCCACAGAGAAAAGAGCCCCCAAGGUUGACUAUAAACAGAGGCCUGCAGAUCUCAGCAGGCUCUACAGCCACCAUUACAGACCAACAUUUAAGGGGAACUGAUAUCGAUUCAGAUGAUGCUAAGCUCAGAUAUGUUAUGAAGAGGGAUCCUGUAGUUGGACAAUUGCUACUAUCAAAAAACAAUAACCUUGUGCCAGUUUCAGUCAGGGGACCGGUUGUUGACUUUACUCAGGCGGAUAUUAAUAAAGGUUUUGUUCAGUAUAAACACAAGAAGGGAGAAUCGGGGGGAAGUUUUGCUGUAAAGUUGGAUGUGUUUGAUUCAGAAGAGAAUGCACUGAUUGACCAGUCUUUUUAUAUUAGCAUACUGGAAGACACACUGCCUCCAUCAAUUACUGCCAACAAAGGUCUCACCUUGGAUGAGAAUUCUUGGAAAAAAAUCACCACGCAGCAACUGUCAGCCACUGACCAGGACAGUGAGCCCAGAGAUCUUCUGUUCCGCAUCACUAGACAGCCUAGCCUAGGGCACCUGGAGCAUGUGGGCUCCCCAGGCAUAAAAAUUAGCAGCUUCAGCCAGGCAGACCUGGAGUCUCGAAGCAUCCAUUACAUUCACACAAGUGCUGAGGAAAAACACGCGGAUGAUUUCACCUUCACUGUCUCAGAUGGAGUCAACGAGGUAUCACAAACAUUUUACAUCACCAUCAAUAAAGUGGAUGACUCUUUACCCGUGGUCCAGAAUUUAGGAAUGAGGGUGCAGGAAGGUGUUCGGAAAACUAUCACAGAAUUUGAGCUGAAGGCUACGGAUGCUGACACAGAGGCAGAAUCUGUCACUUUCACCAUUAUUCAAACACCUCGUUAUGGAGUUAUUGAAAGAAGCAUCAAUGGCCAGAGUUACCGUCAGACCUCCAUCUUUACAAUGGAUGAUAUCUACCAGAAUCGGAUCAGCUACAAUCAUGAUGGUAGUAAUACACUGAAGGACCGGUUUUCCUUCACUGUAUCAGAUGGAACCAACCAAUUAUUCAUUGCGGAAGACGGCGGAAAAGAGAUUGUAACUGCAAUUCCUCAGAGAUUUAAGGUAGAUAUCCUUCCAGUUGAUGAUGGAACACCAAGAAUUGUUACCAAUUUGGGUCUCCAGUGGUUGGAAUACAUGGAUGGCAAGGCUUUAAAUUACAUUACCAAAAAGGAACUAAUGACCAUAGACCCAGAUACGGAUGACAAACAACUUAUAUAUGAAAUCUUAAGUGGACCCAUGCAUGGUUAUUUAGAGAACAAGCUAAGACCUGGAAUAUUCCUCACUACAUUUACACAAGAGGACAUAAACCUGGGCUUAAUCCGUUAUAUUUUGCGCGAGGAGAAGCACAAGGAAACAACGGAUAACUUUAAGUUUCUUGUGAAGGACACUAAGCCCAACGUGGUCAGUGACAACAUGUUCCACAUCCAGUGGUCUCUGAUCAGCUUUACACACGUUAGUUACAAUGUGAGUGAACAGGCGGGAUCCAUCAGCGUGACUGUAAAGAGGACCGGGAACCUUAACCAAUAUGCAAUAGUAUUAUGCCGCACAGAACAGGGAACUGCUACGUCCAGCUCCAGUGUGGGAUCUAGACCCGGGCAACAGGACUAUGUGGAAUAUGCUGGACAGGUACAAUUUGAUGAGCGAGAGGACAGCAAAGCUUGUACUAUCCUAAUUAAUAAUGACCAGGUGUAUGAGAACAUUGAACGUUUCACAGUGGAGCUGAGCAUGCCAGCCUAUGCCCUUCUAGGACAGAUCACGAAGGCCACCGUGAACAUCAAUGAUACAGAAGAUGAGCCCACUCUUCAGUUUGAUAAGAAGAUAUACCGUGCCAAUGAGAGCGCUGAUGUCUUGUCGGUGCCUGUUGAGAGAAAAGGUGACCCAGGAAGCGUUGUUUCUGCUGUUUGCUAUACGGUACCAAAGUCCGCAAAAGGCAGCAGUCUUUAUGCCAUAGAAUCGGGAUCUGAUUUUAAGUCAAGGGGUAUGACCAAUGAAAAUCGUGUCGUUUUUGGACCUGGAGUUACCAUGUCCAUCUGUGAUGUCAAAGUUAUUGAUGACAGUGAAUAUGAAGAUGAAGAAGAAUUUGAGAUAGCCCUUGCUGAUACGUCUGAGAAUGCUAGAAUUGGCAACAUUGCUACGGCCAGGAUCGUGAUUGAAGGACCCAAUGAUGCUUCAAUGGUCUUCUUAGGGAAUGCCACCUUUACUGUCAGCGAGGAUGCAGGCUCCAUUGAGAUACCGGUUAUUCGUAACGGGCCUGACCUUUCAGUGCCAACAUCUGUAUGGUGUGCCACUCGCCCAUCAGAUCCACCUUCUGCUACUCCAGGAAUUGACUACAUUCCUAGCUCUAAGAAAAUAGAAUUUAGGCCUGGGAAGACAGUAGAGCAUUGCACACUGUCGAUACUUGAUGACACGCAGCGCCCAGUGAUCGAAGGGCUAGAGACAUUUAUAGUGUUCCUCAGCUCUGCCCAAGGGGCUGAACUCACAAAACCAUUUCAGGCCACCGUUACUAUCAACGAUACCUUUCAGGAUGUUCCCAGCAUGCAGUUCAGUAAGGACCUGUUCACAGUAAAGGAGAAGGAUGCAUUACUGUAUGUUCCUGUCAUACGUACUGGAGAUUUAAGUUAUGAGUCUUCAGUACGUUGCUACACACAGUCUCAAUCUGCUCACGUCAUGGAUGACUUUGAAGAAAGAAGAAAUUCUGAUGAUUCACGAAUAACUUUUCUGAAGGGAGAAAAAUUGAAAAAUUGUACAGUAUUAAUCAAUGAUGACUCUGUGUUUGAGCCAGAAGAGCAGUUUAAGAUCUACCUCAGUAACCCCCUAGGCAAUCACUGGGGUGGAGCAAGAGUUGGGAAGACCGACAUGGCUACCAUUACUAUUUCAAACGAUGAAGAUGCACCCACUAUUGAAUUCGAAGAGUCUACUUAUCAAAUUCGAGAACCUCAGGAACCAGAUGGAGUAGCUAGUAUAAACAUCAAGGUGAUCAGAAGAGGAGACCAGAACAGGACAUCUAAGGUCCGUUGUAGCACAAGAGAUGGAUCUGCUCAGUCAGGAGUUGAUUAUUAUCCAAAAAGCCGGGUUCUAAAAUUUAGCCCUGGUGUGGACCACAUCUAUUUUAAGGUGGAGAUCCUGUCGAAUGAAGACAGGGAGUGGCAUGAAUCCUUCUCACUGGUUCUUGGACCUGAUGAUCCCGUUGAUGCCGUGCUUGGUGAUAUCACUACUGCUACCGUAACUAUUCUGGAUCAGGAGGCAGCAGGAAGUCUAAUACUACCAUCACCGCCUUUAGUUGUGUCCCUGGCCGACUAUGACCAAGUGGAGGAAGUCACCAAGGAGGGUGUAAAGAAAUCCCCAUCUCCUGGGUACCCUUUGGUCUGUGUCACGCCAUGUGACCCACACUUUCCAAAAUACUCUGUGAUGAGGGAGCGGUGUGAGGAGGCCGGCAUCAACCAGUCUACCGUCUUGUUCAGCUGGGAAGUGGCAGCACCCACUGAUUCCAAUGGGGCAAGAUCUCCCUUUGAGACAGUGACUGAUACCACCCCUUUUACGGGUGUAAAUCACAUGGUGCUGGAUAGUAUUUACUUCAGCCGACGCUUUCACGUGCGCUGUGUUGCCAAAGCAGUGGACAAGGCUGGACAUGUGGGAACACCGCUGAGGAGCAACAUUGUGACAAUAGGAACAGACAAUGCCAUCUGCCAUACACCAGUGGUGGCGGGCACUGCUAGAGGUUUCCAGGCUCAGUCUUUUAUUGCAACACUGAAAUAUCUGGAUGUUAAACACAAAGAACAUCCCAACAGGAUUCAUAUCUCUGUGCAGAUUCCACACCAAGACGGCAUGCUCCCCCUCAUUUCUACCAUGCCACUGCACAACCUGCACUUCCUGCUGUCUGAGUCUGUUUAUCGACACCAACAUGUGUGCUCCAAUCUGGUCACCAUCCGUGACUUAAGAGGCAUUUCGGAAGCAGGAUUCUUGGAUGAGGUGACAUAUGACAGCAUCGCCGUGGGUCCCGGCUACGAUCGUCAAUACCAAUUUGAUCCCAAUGUCAGGGAACCAAAGACAGUGCAGCUGUACAAACACCUGAAUCUGAAGAGUUGCAUUUGGACUUUUGAUGCAUAUUAUGACAUGACAGAACUGAUUGAUGUCUGUGGUGGAGCCGUGACAGCUGACUUUCAGGUAAGAGAUUCAGCCCAAUCUUUCCUGACAGUUCACGUGCCCCUCUACGUGUCCUAUAUCUAUGUGACUGCGCCACGGGGCUGGGCCUCUUUGGAGCACCACACGGAAAUGGAGUUCUCCUUCUUCUAUGACACUGUUCUCUGGAGGACAGGUAUUCAGACAGACAGUGUUCUGUCUGCCAGGCUCCAGAUCAUAAGAAUAUACAUUCGUGAAGAUGGUCGUCUGGUCAUCGAGUUUAAAACUCACGCUAAAUUCAGAGGUCAGUUUGUUAUGGAGCAUCACACUCUGCCGGAUCUGAAAUCCCGUAUCAUGGCACCUGACCACUUGGGUGGAAUUGAAUUUGACCUUCAGCCCUUGUGGAGUGCACAAACGUUUGACUCUCCGUAUCAGCUAUGGAGAGCUACGAGUUCAUAUAGCAGGAAAGAUUACUCAGGAGAAUAUACCAUCUACCUGAUCCCUUGUACCGUACAACCCACCCAGCCCUGGGUUGAUCCUGGUGAUAAACCUCUGGCCUGCACUGCCCAUGCCCCUGAAAGAUUUCUCAUUCCGAUUGCCUUUCAGCAGACUAAUCGCCCAGUGCCUGUAGUGUAUUCAUUAAACACAGAAUUUCAGCUGUGUAAUAAUGAAAAGAUUUUCUUGAUGGACCCCACCAAGACAGAAAUGUCCCUAGCUGAGAUGGACUAUAAAGGAGCCUUCUCCAAAGGUCAAACCAUGUUUGGGAGGGUCCUCUGGAAUCCGGACCAGAACCUUAAUUCUGCAUACAAGCUGCAGCUGGAAAAGGUUUAUCUCUGUACUGGGAAAGAUGGAUAUGUGCCUUUUUUUGACCCAACUGGAACUAUUUACAAUGAAGGACCUCAGUAUGGUUGUAUACAACCUAAUAAGAACUUAAAGCAUCGCUUUUUGCUCUUGGACCGCAACCAGCCAGAAGUAACCGAUAAAUACUUCCAUGAUGUCCCAUUUGAUGCCGACUUUGCAUCAAAUUUACCAGACUUUUAUGCCAUGAGCAGCAUGCCAGGCGUAGACGGCUUUACCAUGAAAGUUGAUGCUCUGUACAAGGUUGAAACUGGACACCAGUGGUAUCUUCAGGUAAUCUACAUUAUUGGCCCAGAGACAAUGGCAGGAGCCAGGGUGCAGCGAUCUCUCACCUACCAGCUGCGGCGCGCCCGCCGGGAUCUGGUGGACAAGAAUGGCAGGCUCACACUGGAUGACUCCCUGAUCUAUGACAAUGAGGGAGACCAAGUAAAGAAUGGCACCAACAUGAAGACUUUGAGCUUAGAAAUGGAAACAGCUGCAACUGCAGCAUCUCAGACAGGGGCUUCCAUUGGGAGUGCCUUUGCCGCCAUUAUGUUACUGAUGCUUGUUCUCUUGUCUGUGUGCCUUAUAACCCAAAAGUGCAGGAGGAAUAGAAAAAAGAAGCCACCUGGGGAUGCGACAGAGGAAUAUCCACUAAAUACCAAGGUGGACGCGUCCAGGAAAAACAUAGACCGCAUGGAAAAGAACUUCAACAGGCAGCACUGUACUGUCAGGAACAUCAACCUGCUUAACGACAGCACAGAUGGCUACGAGAUUAAAGGUGUCAAGAUUAAACAAAUGAAUCUUGAAGUCAAAGUUCAUAAUAAUCUUCAUGAUGGAACAGAAGUUUGAUGACACGUUGGCACAUAAAUAUAUUUUGAUACAAAAAAUUCUACUGUUUUAUAAGGAGUGAAAGUGUAAGGAGCAGCGGUAUUUUUGUACUCUGAGUGACACAGAAGAGUAAAUGAGUGAUGUGCAGCUGUGCGGUUCCUGCUCUGACUCACAACUGAGCUACCUCAUUAUGCCCACACACCUGGGAGACACGGGCAAGGCACACCGCCAAUAUUUUGUCCCUACUCUUGCCCUAAAACAAUGCACUGCACAUAUUUAAAACACUGCCACCAAAGGUCAAACAAUUGUCAUUUUAUUAUGCUUUAACUUUACUGUACCAUAAACUGUGUACAGCUAAUCAGUCCCGCCACUGCACACAUACAUUACUUUGUUAUCUUAGCAUCAUUAUUGUGUUCUAAUGAAGAAUGUCAUGCUGUAAUUCCCCACGUUUCUGGUUAUUGCAUCUUAGAUAUCAAAAGGUUAUGUAUUGUAGAUGAUUGCUGCUGCAAAAAUACGGCCGUUCUCGGACAAAAUCCCAGACCAAACUUGGACGCUAUUACAUAUACCCCACAGUGUAUAACGCAAUAGGAAAGUGUAACUCGGACACUAUUACAUAUACCCCACAGUGUAUAACGCAAUAGGAAAGUGUAACUUGGACGCUAUUACAUAUACCCCACAGUGUAUAACGCAAUAGGAAAGUGUAACUCGGACGCUAUUACAUAUAGCCCACAGUGUGUAACGCAAUAGGAAAGUGUAACUCGGACGCUAUUACAUAUACCCCACAGUGUGUAACGCAAUAGGAAAGUGUAACUCGGACGCUAUUACAUAUACCCCACAGUGUGUAACGCAAUAGGAAAGUGUUACUCGGACACUAUUACAUAUACCCCACAGUGUAUAACGCAAUAGGAAAGUGUAACUCGGACGCUAUUACAUAUACCCCACAGUGUGUAACGCAAUAAAAAAGUGUAACUCGGACGCUAUUACAUAUAGCCCACAGUGUGUAACGCAAUAGGAAAGUGUAACUCGGACGCUAUUACAUAUACCCCACAGUGUGUAACGCAAUAAAAAAGUGUAACUCGGACGCUAUUACAUAUACCCCACAGUGUGUAACGCAAUAAAAAAGUGUAACUCGGACGCUAUUACACAUACCCCACAGUGCGUAACGCAAUAGGAAAGUGUACUUAAAAUUACCCUUAAAAUGUCUUCAUACAUGUUAAUCCAGUAGAUGAAUGCAUAUAUGGCACAGUAGCAGAGGCCCAUACAAAUGUACUGAUAGUGACCGAUACAGCAACUAGAAGUGACUGGAUACUACAGUACACAGAGAAUUCAGAUCAAUGGGGGUAAUUCCAAGUUGAUCGCAGCAGGAAAUUUUUUAGCAGU